UUCGACACAUGCGACCGCCAACGCCGCUUCGAGUUUCUGGUCCCCGAGCGAGCCAUGAGCUACCCUCCAUUGCUGAAUGCCAUCUUUGCCGUCUCCGCGCGCCAUCUAUGCCGACUCCCUCGAUACCGGACUAUAGAAGGCAUCGUCUACCGAGGGCAGGUCCUCCGCGGCCUCACACCAGGCACCGCAGUUGAGUACAUGUUGCGAUGCAUGCCGGCGCUACGAGCGUUCCACGAUACGAUUGACGAAGACACCCGGAUCCUCACGCUGACGACAGCCGUCAUCCUCCGCCAGUUUGAAGAGAUGGAACACGACAACGAGGCAGAAGAAGAAGAAGGAGCGGCAGAAGAAGUAUACACAGCACCCUCUCCAAGAACAGGUCGAGUCAACUUCCUCUCCAUCAUCAACUCCGCCCUCCGAGGCUCCCAACCGAGGGUUUCGUUUCUCAAGUCUGAGCUUCUCAAUGCCUGCUACUGGAUCGCCCUUCGGCAAGAAGUAUACGAUGCUCUGCUCAAGGGAUAUCCGCCAGAAAUGGAUCAAAACCCACAGUCCUAUGGCAACGUGUCUCCGGCAGAUCGCAUGAUCAUGCACGCCAGCCACGUCGCGCGAUGGAUGUUUGAGGGGAAAUCGCAGGAGGGGUGGUUGAGUCUUAAAGAACAGGAAAAAACACUCGAGGAAGAAGUAGCCACGCAGUUCAAGCCUCUGAUGUGGCUUCCUCCCGACCGUGAAAAAGGAGAGGUCUUUCCCACAAUAUGGUUUCGCUCAGUGGCAGCAAUCACGGCAAUGCAACAUAUGAUGCUAGCGAGAAUGAUCCUGAUAGCAGAAUCGCCUUUCCUAGCACAAGCAACCGAUCCUCGACUUGCGUUCCGCGAAGCCGAAGGCCAAGUCCGGAGCAUAGUUCUGGACAUUUGCGGCACGUCUCUCCAAGAGGAGAAGACGCCACCAGUAGUUGUCAAUGCUGCCCUAGCGAUACACCUAUACGGCCAUUAUUUCAUCGACUGGUAUGAAAGAAAGGCGCUCAGGGGCGUCAUCAACCGGUUCAGCGACGCACGUGCCUGGCCUGUGCCGAAGCAACUACAAGACUUCCAAUUAUCCUCUUAA